AACACAGGUUAGUGUGACCCCGAAGCUGUGACGUUCUCUCCUCCGCAUCACCUGCCUGACAAGGGUCCUGGCUUCUUCCCGAACUUCCCUUUCUGCUUGGUUUUCCUGUGUGCGGGAGAGCGGGUGGGAGGACAUGCGUUUUGCCCUCGUCCCCCCAGUACCAGUACUUGGAGGCCCUCCUCCCGCCGGGAGCCGCGUGGAGAUGCUGCCGCUGCUGCUGCUUCUGCUGUGCCUUCUGAUGCUCCUGCUGCCGCUGGCCGUGCUCCGGCGGCGGCGGCCCCAGGAUGCCGGGCUGUCCCGACUGGUCCACCUCCAGCACCGUGUGGCACGGGGGGCCCUGUGCUGGGCGGCCGCCUGGCAGCAGAAGAGACUCGCACAGAGCACGCUGCACGCGGGCCAGAGCCAGCAGCGGGCCCUGAGGCGGUGUCUGCAGGGAGCCCAGGGUCCCCGCUGUCCCACAGAUAUAAGCACCUUCCGGAAUCAUCUCCCUCUGGCCAAGGCCAACCAGGUCCAGGAGAAAGAAAGUUGGGGGCAGCUCUUGCCUCCUACCGCAAACCAGUACCGUGGGGAGGCCUCGCUGCAGGCCACCUUGCUGGGUCUGGCGGCCCUAAACAAGGCCUACCCAGAAGUGCUGGCUCCGAGAGGCACGGCCCGUGUGACCCUUACUUCCCCUUGGCCCUACCCACUCCCUUGGCCUUGGUAUGCCCUGGGCCAGGUGAGCCCUGCCGGAGCCAAGGACCCUAGGGCCCUGCUGCUGGAGGCACUGAGGUCCCCAGGGCUGCGUGCUCUGGAAGCUGGGACAGCAGUCGAGCUCCUAGACAUCUUCUUGGGCCUGGAGGCUGAUGGCGAAGAGCUGGCUGAGGCAAUAGCUGCUGGGAACCCAGGAGCAUCUCUCCCCAGGCGGGCAGCUGAGCUGCGGGAGGCCCUGGAGCAGGGAUCCCGAGGACUGGCCCUUCGGCUCUGGCCAAAGCUGCAGGUGGUGGUGACUCUGGACGCAGGAGGCCAGGCUGAGGCUGUGGCUGCCCUCGGGGCCUUGUGGUGCCAAGGGCUAGCCUUCUUCUCACCUGCCUACGCUGCCUCUGGAGGGGUGAUGGGCCUGAGUCUGUGGCCAGAGCAGCCCCAUGGCCUGUACCUUCUGCCCCCUGGAGCCCCCUUUAUUGAGCUGCUCCCACUCAAGGAAGGAGCCCGGGAAGAAGCUGCCCCCACCAUCCUGCUGGCUGAGGCCCAGAAGGGCAAGGAAUACGAGCUGGUGUUGACUGACCAUGCCAGCCUCACCAGGUGCUGCCUGGGUGAUGUGGUCCAGGUGGUUGGUGCCUACCAUCAGUGUCCGGUUGUCAAGUUCAUCUGCAGGCUGGGCCAGAUCCUGAGUGUUCGAGGCGAAGACACUGGUGAGAAUGUGUUCUCUGAGGCCCUGAGCCGGGCGGUGGGGCAGUGGCCAGGGGCCAAGCUGUUGGACCAUAGCUGUGUGGAGAGCAGCAUUCUGGAUUCCUCCGAGGGCUCUGCUCCCCACUAUGAGGUGUUUGUGGCACUGAAGGGGCUGAGGAACUUGUCAGAGGAAAAUCGAGACAAGCUUGAUCACUGCCUCCAGGAAGCCUCUGCUCACUACAAGUCCCUGCGUUUCCGGGGCAGCGUGGGCCCUGCCCAAGUCCACCUGGUGGGGCCGGGGGCCUUCAGAGAACUGCGGGCAGCCCUCGCUGCCUGCCCCUCGGCCCCCUUCCCUCCUGAGAUGCCCCGGGUCCUCAGGCAGAGGCGCCUGGUCCAGUGCCUGCAGAGGAGGGUGCUGUCCUGAGCUGGGGCCUGCCCACUGCCCCACCCACCCUCACAGGCUGCCCUGCUCUUUCCUCUGGGGCCCCUCGGGAUGGGGAGCCCUCAGCCAGGGUCUUCGUGUUUCAGCCGACAGUUGCCCAUCAGAGCUGCUGGGCCUUAGGGAGGCCCAACCUAGUCCAUCAGUUCUGAGGAGUUGACCUAAGGGAUAGAGCCUGCCCGGAGGGCCCCCUGCCCCCCCGGAAGACAGGAAUUCUAAUCCAUGCAGACAGAGCCUGUGUCUCUCAGCCUGUGCGCCGGGCAGGCUGGAAGUGUUGGGAGUUAAUGCUCCCAGGAGUGACCCUCAGUCAGCAAGGAACAGGAGCUGAUCAUCCCUCGGUGGGACAAUUCUGAAAUGUAUGUUGUACCGCCUCCCUCGGAAGGUCCCCCCUCCAGUUGCUCAUAGCGGUAACACUCUCUCGUUAACAUGGUUCUUACUGGCUUUCCUCCUGUUCCUCCCGUCCCUACUCCCUUAUGUGCUUUCUAGGAUCACCUCCCAAAUAAACCUCUUGCACCCAGAAUCUUGGCUUGGGGUCUGCUUUUGGGGAAAUCCGUAGUCCCAGCUAGUCCCGCUACAGCCUGGGCUCCCCUCCCCCCUUCAGCUCUGGGCGAGGGCUUUCCCCACCUUCUCCCCUCCGGGGCUGGGGCAGGCCCCAAGUGUGUGUGCCCUCAGAGCCCUCAGGGACCCCUACCACAGCCUAGGUCAACCCAGAAGACACAGAGCCCCUUCCUCCUACCUCUCCCCAUUCCCAGCUUUACCUAAGUGCGGAGAAGCUGCUCCCCAGCUCCCUUGCCCUGCCUUAGCUCGGGUCCCCUUCCUGACCCAAUACCCGCAAAUCACUUCCAUGGGCAGACCCUGUAGUGCAAAUCAUAAAGAAUCACAGCAGGAAGCAGCCCCAGAGACCAUGUGGGUUAACCAUCCAUCUUACCAGUGGGGAAACUGAGGCUCCGUGAGGGCAUGAGGCUUGUCCAAGGCCCUGCAGCUCCUCCGGAGUAACUUGGCACCUGAUCCCAAUCCAUCGGCAAGCCUCAGAUCCUGCCUCUGAAUUUCCACGUCUAGAUUCCACGUCCCACAUCCAGGCCCCUGCCCCCACCCACCUGCCCCCUACAUCACCCACGGUUCCUUCCUGCUAAAAUCCUCCGACAGCCCCCCGGCGCCCACGUGAUCGAGACCAAUCAGCUUAGCCAAUAAGACCCUCGGACUCACCCUGGCCUCACUUACCUGCCAGCCACCUCUCUCUUCUAAGAGAAGCUGUGAUUUGUGGGCCACACCCUUCUUCCCACGUGAAAUAAGCAGUGUCACCUCUAGGUCUUUGCUCAGGCUGUUCCUUCCGCAGAAUGCCUUCUCCCCCGACCUUUCUUGAUGGAAACCCACUUUUCACGCAAGGCUUUUUCAGAGGCCUUUCUCCACUGAGCUAGCCUUUUGCCAGGUUGCCUCCCCUCCUGGGCUUUGGAGCUCCCUGAAAACUGGGCCAUGUCCUAUGCACACUGUCACUCCAGUGCCCAGAGCAGGGCCUAGCAUGGAACUGGUGCUCAGUAGACAGUGCCCUGGAUAAGACUCCAGCCUAGAGAUGCCACGUGUCCUUUACCCCACAGUGGCUCUCUCCCUGCUGAUGGUGGGAUGGGACUCCAUCUCUCCUGUCCAGGCAGCGCAACCAGGUAGGAAGGAAGCUGGGGAGGUUGAAGGAUAACACCAGGUUUGCCUGCGUUCCUCCCACUGCGUAGGAUUGGCUUACAAGCUUCUCCAUCUUGGAGGCUGAUGGAAGGGGCAGAGGGAAGAAGAGAGCUGGAGGGGAGGGAGAGCCAGCUAGGAAAACUUUUCCAUGGAGGAAGAAAGCCCUGGAGCCUGAAGGCCCCGGGGGGCAGUGACAGGAGGGGGGAGGCGGUGGGUAGGGGGAAGACUGUUGCCUGGUUGCCCUCCCCUCCCCCCCCCCCCACACAUCCUAUGGAGACUGGGUCUCACGACUGCCUCCUUUCCUGCCCGUAAUUAGCAGCUCCUCUGACGCAUUGUCUCAUGCCAGCACCCUAGUCAAGGCCUCUUUUGUGCUCCCAGAUUCCUGGGUGCAAGGUGGCCUCAUUAGUGCCCGGAGACCGCCCCAUCUCCAGGGAGCAGGCAGACAGACAAGGGGAGGACCAGGCGCCCAGUGAUCCACCUCCAGCCUCUGAGCGCCUUGGCGGCCAUUCCUUGGGCCCAGCCUGGAGACAGCCCUCCUGCAGGAGGCUAAUCUUAGACUUGCCUUUGUCUGGCCCUGGAGUGGACGCAAGUGCCCAUCUCUCCCCCC